AUGCAUUUUUCAUCCAAAGCACUCCUUGCAGCACUUGCUACCUCAGCAUCUGCCAUUCCACACGCCCCUCGAGGCGCUUGUGAUGAAUCAUCUCUGAACACCACCACCUUCCAGUACACUGCCACAUCCGAAGAUACAAUCUUCAGCAUCGCCAAGCGAUUCGAUCGCGGAGCAUGCGAUAUCGCGCGUGCCAAUCGCAUGAUUGACGCAGAGCACCUCUAUGCCGAUUUCACACUCAACAUUCCCGCCCAGGUCUGCAACCCCGACAGCAGCACCUGUCUGUUGACCAGACAGAAUGCCACAGAUACCUGUGUCAAGGGCGGUCCCCAUGACUACAGAACUAUCGCCGGUGACACGAUUGAGAAGAUUGCGCUUUACAAGCUGAAUGUUACUGUUGAUACCAUCUGGGCUCAGGCGAAGGGCAUGAUCUCGUCGACAACGGAGGUUUUGCCGGCGGGUACGUGGCUCAAGAUCCCUCAGUGUGUUCCGAGUGUUUGCUCUGUUACGCCGUUCCAUUUCACCUAUGGUGUUUACAAGGAUCUUGCGGAGAAGUUCGGCACUUCUGUCGGUCAGAUCAUGUCCUUUAAUGGCAUGUACAACUACAGUGAUCAUACUGCUGCGGACGCGGCUUGGAUUACUGUGCCUAUGGGAUGUACGAAUCUGUCAUUGAAUGUCACAGAGGAGGUUUAG